UUCUCCUUGGACUUGGACCAGUUUCUUGAACCCAAAACCCGGUGGCUCCCGGCAGCAGCGGUGUUUAUUAUUAUUUUCCCAAGAAGUGUGUGUGUUUUUCACGCGACAACCACGACCCACCCACGACAGGUUUCGUGUUCUUUUUAUUUUGUGUAAUUUAUUUUCUAUUUUCCGCGGAUUUCGGAGGGUUUUUUUGGCCGUUUUUCGGGCGGUUCCGACGAAGUGUUUCGCGAUUUGCAAAAGACGUAAACCGAGCUUCCGCGCGAAGGAAAUUCAAGUGCAUACGAGUUCGAGUGUGAAGUGCAUAGAAGUGUGACUUUUUAUUCCCCCCCCUGCUUUCAGAGGGCCGGCAAACAGAAACAGAACUCUGAUCAUUCUCCUAGAACCAGUUUGAGCAGGUUGGAUUGCAUUUUAUGCUAUCUGGCUGCUGACUCGGCUUCGGUGCAGUCGGAUACUCCAAGAUCGUUAUCGGUGAACCGGCGGAGGGAAAGGCUGAAAAUCUGAUCUAGCAAGGGCUUUAAUUAGCAAAACCGAAAGGCGCCCAGAACGGGGAGAAGAAGAACAAAUAAAAAAAAAAGAUAGUGAAUAGCGAACUCGGAAAAUCGGAAGUUUGAAGUUAUCACCGAUCUCUCCCCAGUGUGUUUGGAAGAAAUAUUGCCAUCGGAAGGCUAACAAGCAAAGGGCCCAAGUGUUCGAAUAGAAGAAAAAAGUGCAACAACAACAACGACAAAAACAAGAGCAACUUGAACGAAGCGACAGCAGUGAAGUUUAAGAAAAACAAAAUAGAAAGAUAGUGUGCCUGACAGCAUCCAGCGGAGUGAACGGCGAGGAUCGUGUAUCGUCGGAAGGCUUGAGAUCUCAAGGAUGUGGAAAUCAGCAGCGGUAAUACUGGUGGCAGCGGUGAUGCUUCUGUUCGAGGCCAGCUUUGCAAAAGAGGCCACACCGGCCCUCAUCGACACAGACUCGCCCAACCGGCAGGGCAAAGCAGUUUCAUCGCACUGUCCGCGCUCGUGUCCACUGGCCAGCACAAUUCAGGAUGCGAUCUGUGGCUCGGAUGGCCUCAUCUACGCCAACAGUUGCGAGAUGAAGAAGAAAACGUGCACCAAGAACGCCCCGAACAGUGUGACGGAGGACAAGAGUGGAUGCGAGCGGGCCAAAGGGUCGCAAUGUGGUCACCGUUGUCCCACCGACAAGGAUCUGGUUUGCGGAACCGACGGCAGAACGUAUCUCAAUCGGUGCAUGCUGAGAGUGCAGGCCUGCCGGGUUGGCACGGCUGCCGUCUCGAUAGCCCACGUUGGGGCUUGCGCCAACGGAAGCGUUAUCCGGGAAUCGUGUCCGGUGGAUUGCAACAGUGCCCCCCAAGAUGGACCGGUUUGCGCUUCGGACGGCAACGUUUACAACUCAACCUGUCAGAUGAAACUGAUGACCUGUGGCCAGGGAGUGGUGCGAACCAGCCGGAAGCACUGUCAGAGCACCCGCAACUGUCGGGAAUCCUGCUGGCGUGUUGCCCGGCCAACGUGUGGUUCGGAUGGACGUUUGUACGCCAGCGCCUGUAAGAUGCGGUCGUCCAACUGUGGAAAGCACGUGUUCGAGGUUCCCAUCUCGUACUGUAUGUCCCAGGAACGUGCCGGAGGUAGUUCGCUUGCUGCAACCAAUAAAAUCGAGGAUUGCCCAACGGAAUGCCCUCGCGAAAACCAGCAAAUGAUCUGUGGUAGUGAUUCGAACGUAUACACGUCGAUGUGUGAACUUAAAAUGCUGAACUGUGGUCAACGCAAAAAGAUUCAGGCCGUAUCCAUUGAUCGAUGCAAGCAGAAAAUGAGCCGCUGCAAGUCCAUUCCAGCCUGCAAACACCACUCGAAGAAUGGAGUCUCCUUCUUCGGCGAUCACAAGGAUCUGUUGUGCGGUACCGACUCCCGAACAUAUAACAAUGAAUGUGAAUUGGCAAGGGCUACCUGUUUACGAGGCGUCCAGCUAGCUCACAUCGGUGCCUGUACUCAACUCAAAACAAAGUCCGAUAUAAACGAAUGCUUGGAAUGUAACGAGGAGGAGGAAAAGCUUACCCCCAUCUGUGGCUCCGAUGGUAACACCUACCGAUCCCUGUGCGAACUGAGGCAGAAGACCUGCGGACUUCGUGUGGUUCCGGUUUCGCUGAAGAACUGCGCUACGACAGCUAACUGUGAAGCCAACUGUGAAAGGAUUCUUACAAACUACGUUUGCGGAUCGGACAACAAACUCUACCCGAACGAGUGCCACAUGCGAAAGGAAAACUGUGGCAAGCACAUGUUCGUGGUCCCGAUGAAGCGUUGUCUGGCUGCGUUCACCUUCAAGGGAUGCUCGAGGAUCUGCCCGCAGGAGUUCGAACCGGUGUGUGGCACGGACGGGAAAACAUACUCGAACGAGUGCUUCCUCAGCAUCGAAAACUGCCGAUCGAGGUCGCUGGUUCAGAAGAAACACGUUGGACCCUGCGGUAGACCCGAGGAACCCUCGCACAACUAUUUGUAUUAGAAACAUCCCCAAAAUUGGCACACAUCAGUCAGCAAGCCUGUUUCACCAAUCAAUUCUGUCUUCCUUGUUGAGUUUUUAUCAGUGAUGAAAAAAGAAGACUCAUUGCCACAAACUGUUCUUAUCGUACAUCACGGCUGUUUAGGCUGUGUAGGAGUAGUUCCGUAAUUAAAAUAAUUGCUCUAAAUAAAAGACUAGCGACGAAGAGACGAGGUUACGCACCUGAUAUGGCGACCGGAAGAAAAGUAUUAGUAUUUUGACAACCUCACUCAACUAUUCGACUGCCACUUGUUUCUAGAUGGAAAUGAGACCGGAGAAUACAAGACUUCCAUUUUGCAUUUCUAAACAUUUUUCCAACGAAAACUCGAUUUUAUACUAUCUAUUUUUUACAAAAAUCACUUUUUAUACAAACAUACACAACAACAACAAAAAGAAUGAACCACUCGGCGAAAACCGCCGGGUUUGGGCUCUAAUUAGUUCAAAUGCUAAGUUUUAGUCAUUAGGCACGUGUAAAAAAGGAGACAAGCUAAACAAAAAAAUAAAACUUUCUUUGUUUUAUUAUUAUUUUUAAAUAGUUUCGUAGUCAAACUAGCACACCCGAAGUAAGAUCACGCUCGCACGCAUGUGUGAAUGAUCCACCUAAAUUAUGUAAUUUAUUGCUAGAGCGAGCAACGAAAUCAUUGUAAACGUAUUUAUAUUUAAAAAGGUAAAAAGAAAGAAAAAAGGAAAACAAUGUGAACGCCUUUCGAUGUUUUCAACUGAAGAACAAAACAAAAACUCGAAACAAAACGAUAGUUUAUUGAAUCGUUAGUGAUUAGCAUAAAAAGUAUACCGCUUCAGUAGGUUUUGUUUGUUAGCACAGGAAGGGAAAAAAGAAAAAAAAAAGUAAGAGAAGCGGGAAUAGAAAUAAAUGAAUAUUAAGUAAAUAAAAAUCAAACCUAAAAUUGACUGUCAAAAGUGAAUACGUUAUGUGCGGAACACAACCACAUUUUUCAAUGCAAGAAAAAUUGAUUUUGCUGAAAAUUGAAAUAAA